AUGCGGAAAUACAUGUCAUGCGAUUAACAAUUAAUCCUUUAUUAUAUAUUUGUUAGGAUGGAGUUCAGAGGAUUUUUCAUUGGUCAUAUUGGCGAUAUGUGCGGUGCGUCACAUAUGUUAAACAAUUACGAUAUGUUGCGGAACAGCUGUUUGAAUAAAUUAUUGUAUAUUAUCUUUUUGUGUAUUAUCUUCUUAUCUAAUACAAAUGGAAAAAAUGCGCCACAAAAAAAUGUGCUUCUGUUGCUGGCUGACGAUGCAGGAUUUGAAAUGCGAUCUUACUUGAACAAAAUAUGUCAAACUCCUAAUUUGGAUAAAUUAGCAAAGGAAAGUUUACUCUUCAACAAUGCAUACACAUCAGUCAGCAGUUGUUCACCAAGUCGCUCAGCAAUAUUAACUGGAUUACCAAGUCAUCAAAAUGGAAUGUAUGGCCUUCAUCAUGGAAUUCAUCACUUCAAUUCUUUUAAUAAUAUUCAAAGUUUACCAAAAAUAUUGAAAAGAAAUAAUAUACGAACAGGAAUUAUUGGUAAAAAACAUGUGGGUCCGAGUAACGUUUAUCCAUUUGAUUUUGCGUAUACAGAAGAGAAUAAUUCCAUUCUUCAAGUGGGCCGCAAUAUUACUUACAUAAAGCUACUAGUCCGCGAGUUUCUCUCACAAAAUAAAACUCAACCCUUUUUUUAUGUUGCCUUUCAUGAUCCGCAUCGUUGUGGGCAUUCUCACCCAGAGUAUGGCAAUUUCUGUGAGAAAUUUGGUAAUGGUGAUGUCGGAAUGGGUACAAUUCCUGAUUGGAAUCCAAUAUAUUAUCAAUGGGAACAAGUUAAGGUACCUUAUUAUAUUCAAAAUACCGAGGCUGCCCGGAGAGAUAUUGCUGCCCAAUACACAACAAUAUCUCGAUUAGAUAAAGGUGUUGGUCUUGUUCUGGAAGAAUUAAAAAAUGCAGGAUUCAAAGACAAUACAUUAGUAAUUUAUACAUCCGACAAUGGUAUACCUUUCCCAAAUGGUCGUACUAAUUUGUACGAUUCAGGUUUGGCUGAACCUAUGAUGAUAUCAUCACCAAUUCAAGGCCAUAGGAAAAACAGCGUAACGUACAGUAUGACAUCUCUACUAGAUAUAGUACCUACAAUACUAGAUUGGUUCAAUAUAACUUACAUGGAUCAAGAUUCCGAUGAAAUGUCGUCUCUACAAUUGACUGGCAAAUCUCUUAUACCACUACUUCACAAAGAACCCGUAGAAAAUAACACAGCGAUCUUUGCUAGCCAAACACAUCAUGAAGUUACCAUGUAUUAUCCUAUGCGUGCCAUUAGGACUAAACGCCACAAACUUAUACAUAAUAUCAACUACAAAAUGCCAUUUCCUAUUGACCAAGAUUUUUAUGUAUCUCCGACUUUCCAAGAUAUUCUAAACAGAACGAAGCAUCAUCAACCUUUACCGUGGUAUAAAACAUUAAAAAAAUAUUAUCAGAGACCAGAAUGGGAAUUAUAUGAUCUAAAAUAUGAUCCAGAAGAACUAAACAAUAUAGCUUUCAAACCAUCUAUGAAGAGUGUACUUAUUGGACUUCAAAAACGACUAUUUAAUUGGCUAAAGAUAACAAAGGAUCCAUGGCUUUGUGCACCAGAUGGUGUUCUGGAGAAUAUUGGCCAAAACAAUGAACCUCAAUGUAUGCCACUGAACAAUUUUGAUGAUUGAGAUUAUUCCUAAUAUUCAUGGUUGUCAAUUAUUACAUCCACUUUUUUAUAAUUUUAUAUUCCACUGUAGACACUUUUUACUAAUAAUAAUAGGUGUUAAAUUUAAGUUACAAAAAAUAAUAUUCCAUAAUCUAUAAUUUAUACUUAAGCAAUGAAUAGAGAUAAGAUGUAAUACUCAGCGCAAUGUAUAUAAAUUAUAACCAUUUUCCAACUAUUAAGAGCAUAAGAAAUUAAAUAACAAUGAAAUUGUUCAGUUGGCUAAAAAUAACAAAAAGUCCGUAAUUGUAUGUAUUAGAUAGUAUUCUAGAAAAUACUGGACAAAAGCAAUGAAUCUGAAGCCAUAUAUGCCAUUAAGUAAUUUUGAAAAUUAUAUUAAAAUACAUUUCUAUUGAUUUUUGUUGAUA